AUGGCCCCAAGGGUGAUGCAAGGGAGUAAUGGGAAGAUGGUUUUUUUGGGUGCUGAAAUGUUUAACCUGCCAAAAUUGUUUCAAGCCACUCAGGCUCUCACCCCAUUUUGGCCCGCUUUCUUGCAAGUCCCUCCCUUUGAUGAUUCCAGAAAGGUUGUCAAACUGGAUGUGGAUUUUCCUUUGAGAAAACCCGCUGGAUACACCAAAUUCAUCUGCAAACUCAAACAGAAUUUUGGCAGUGGACUUACUGUUUUAAGCAUCUCCAACGGAGCUGCUAUUGCGCGACCGGGGACCAAAUUUGACGGCCCCCGUUGGAGUUUGUGCUCCAACGGUCCUGCUAAACAACCCGCCACACAUCCCCAGUGGCUCUCAAACCCGCGACCACCUGCUACCUUUGGCAGCCCAAUCCCCAGCCGCAAUCCACCUCUCGUCCACUCCUCCACCUACUCCACAUCACAAAUCCCACCAACAUCUCCCACACAAGCUCCCCAUUCCUUCAAACCAAAUGGCCACCCCGACUCGGAUCGGGACGCCAUUGUUGGGCGAGGACAGAAGGCCACAACGUUUUGGGAACGAAUCCACAAAAAUUACAUCAAACUCGUCAAGGAACACAACACGGACAAGAAGAACUCGACUGGUUUCAAGGAGCUCCCUCUACGACUAGUCGGUGGGGUUGAAUGUUGUUGGGGACUCAUAUUGAAGGCCCUCAACAAAUUCUCUGGCUGCUAUUCAACGGUCGAAUGUCGUUUGCAAAGUGGAAAGACACGCGCUGAUAUUCUUACCGAGGCGAAAGAGCUGUACAAAACCACAGUUGGAUCAACCAUCAACCUUUACCAUUGCUGGGGCAUUCUGAAGGAUGCCCCAAAAUGGCAGGCUAAUCAACAAGAGAACGCGGGUCGAUCCAAGAAGGCCAAAGAACCCAGUACAUCCCAAACCCCUACCAACCUUCCGAGUUCAACCCCAAGGACCUCAAGCCCAGCGGUCAUUGAUUUAGACGAGGACGAGUCUGAUCUUAGCCGAUUGGUCCUGGGGAGCGUGCGUCUUGAAGGAAAUAAGGCAGCCAAACGUAAGCGAGCCGAAGAGUCGUCAAUCGAAAAGAUGGUGGCGUUGCAAAAAGACCUCGUUCAGAUCUCGCGAGACCGAUUGUCCUCCAUGAAAUCAGCAACUCAAUCAACUUUGGACGACAAGACCCGAGCUUAUUAUCAAAAAAAGAAAAGAGCUAUAAUCGCUUGUGAUUUACAAGAAGAAAAAGAGAAUGAAGAAAGAGAGAAAAAAGAAAAGGAAGAGAAGGAGAAAAAGGAGAAAGAACAGAAGGAGAGAAAGGAGAGGGAAGAGAAGGAGAGAAAGGAGAAGGAAGAGAAAGAGAGGCGCGGACGCGAGAGAGCUGAGGAGGAUGAAGACAAAGAAGAAGAGACUGAAGAAGAGCGCAAUGACGAAGACGAUGUUGAAGAAGAAGAUGUCACUGGAGAGGAAGAAGUUGAGGCUUGA